AAAAAAAUCCAUGUACACAUCUGUGAUCAUUAUUUCAUCUAGACAACAAUAGAUCAUUGACUACCAGAUAGUUUUCCCUUGUGUAGUGAUUACAUUAUUCCCUGAGAUUGUCCAUUCUGCACAGGAAUUUUCCAGCUGCUGUACAGGGAACACUGUUAUACAGUUUAACAAUAACAUUCAUGCCUCUAUUUUGAAAAAAGCAUCUUCUCAUAAAACAUAAACCUAAACAACAACUAACAUAGUGUCUUGUUAUCCAGUUACUUCUCUUAAAACAUUUCCUUGGAGUAGUGAUUUUUUUCUCUACUGGUGACUUUGGUCCCUACUUUUCCUGAUGGAGUCUGAUAUGCUGCAGUCACCCCUCCUGGGUCUCGGGGAGGAAGAUGAGUCAGACAUGACGGACUGGAAUUUGCCUUUGGCCUUUAUGAAGAAGAGGCACUGUGAGAAAAUUGAGGGCUCCAAAUCACUGGCUCAGAGUUGGCGGAUGAAAGACCGGAUGAAGACUGUUAGUGUUGCCUUAGUACUGUGCCUGAAUGUUGGUGUGGAUCCUCCUGAUGUAGUAAAGACGACUCCAUGUGCUCGUCUUGAAUGCUGGAUAGAUCCUCUGUCAAUGGGUCCACAGAAAGCUCUAGAAACCAUUGGUGCAAAUUUGCAAAAACAGUAUGAAAAUUGGCAACCAAGGGCCCGGUACAAACAGAGUCUAGAUCCUACAGUUGAUGAAGUUAAGAAAUUGUGUACUUCAUUGCGUCGAAAUGCUAAAGAAGAAAGAGUCCUUUUCCAUUAUAAUGGACAUGGUGUCCCCAGGCCAACAGUGAAUGGAGAAAUUUGGGUCUUUAACAAGAACUACACUCAAUAUAUCCCGUUAUCCAUAUAUGAUCUACAAACGUGGAUGGGCAGCCCCUCCAUUUUUGUGUAUGAUUGCUCAAAUGCUGGCCUUAUUGUCAAGUCUUUCAAACAAUUUGCCCUGCAGAGGGAGCAGGAACUGGAGGUGGCUGCAAUUAACCCCAACCAUCCACUUGCUCAGAUGCCCUUGCCUCCUUCAAUGAAAAAUUGCAUUCAACUAGCAGCAUGUGAAGCUACUGAGCUGCUACCAAUGAUCCCUGACUUACCAGCUGACCUGUUCACAUCCUGCCUUACCACACCAAUCAAGAUUGCGCUUAGAUGGUUUUGCAUGCAGAAGAGCGUGAGAUUGGUACCAGGAGUAACGCUGGAUUUAAUAGAAAAAAUUCCUGGGAGGCUCAAUGACAGGAGAACGCCUCUAGGAGAAUUGAAUUGGAUUUUUACAGCCAUUACGGAUACAAUUGCAUGGAACGUCCUACCCAGAGAUCUUUUCCAAAAGCUCUUCCGACAGGAUCUUCUAGUAGCAAGCCUCUUUCGAAACUUUUUGCUGGCAGAAAGAAUAAUGAGGUCUUAUAACUGCACACCUGUCAGCAGCCCCCGUCUACCUCCAACCUAUAUGCAUGCCAUGUGGCAAGCAUGGGAUCUUGCUGUGGAUAUAUGCCUAUCUCAGCUGCCUACCAUUAUAGAGGAAGGAACCGCAUUUAGGCACAGCCCAUUCUUCGCUGAACAGCUUACGGCCUUUCAAGUCUGGCUAACAAUGGGAGUGGAAAACCGCAAUCCUCCUGAACAGCUCCCUAUCGUAUUGCAGGUAUUGCUGAGUCAAGUACAUCGGCUACGAGCUCUUGAUUUACUUGGCCGUUUUUUGGAUCUUGGUCCCUGGGCUGUUAGCUUGGCUUUAUCUGUUGGCAUUUUCCCCUAUGUAUUAAAACUGCUUCAAAGUUCUGCUCGAGAACUAAGGCCUCUUCUGGUUUUCAUCUGGGCCAAAAUCCUUGCAGUGGACAGUUCAUGCCAAGCUGACCUUGUGAAGGACAAUGGUCACAAGUAUUUCCUUUCUGUUUUGGCAGAUCCUUAUAUGCCGGCUGAACACAGAACAAUGACAGCUUUCAUCCUGGCAGUGAUUGUCAACAACUACAACACAGGACAGGAAGCUUGCCUCCAAGGGAACUUGAUUGCCAUUUGCCUGGAGCAGCUGAAUGAUCCACACCCUCUACUGCGCCAGUGGGUGGCAAUUUGCUUGGGCCGUAUCUGGCAGAAUUUUGACUCUGCGAGGUGGUGCGGCGUGAGGGACAGCGCUCAUGAAAAGCUCUAUAGCCUUCUCUCCGAUUCAAUACCCGAGGUUCGCUGUGCGGCAGUCUUUGCCCUUGGCACUUUUGUAGGCAAUUCUGCUGAGCGGACAGAUCAUUCCACUACUAUAGAUCACAAUGUUGCCAUGAUGCUGGCCCAGCUCAUUAAUGAUGGAAGCCCCAUGGUCCGAAAGGAGUUAGUUGUGGCACUGAGUCACCAUGUGGUUCAGUAUGAAACCAAUUUCUGUACAGUUGCCUUACAGUUUAUGGAAGAAGAGAAGAACUAUGCAUUGCCCUCACCUGCUGCUCCAGAGAUUGGAAGUCUGACUCCAGUUCGAGAUAAUCCAUGUACUCCAAAACUCCGUUCUGUCAGCUCCUAUGGAAAUAUUCGAGCAGUCACUACAGCAAGGAACUUGAAUAAGUCUCUGCAGAAUCUCAGUUUGAAUGAAGAAUCUGGAAGCUCUGUUGCAUUUUCCCCCGGGAAUCUGAGUACCAGCAGCAGCGCCAGUAGCACCUUGGGCAGCCCUGAAAAUGAAGAAUAUAUCUUGUCUUUUGAGACGAUUGACAAGAUGAGGAGAGUUAGCUCCUACUCAUCACUGACUUCUUUGAUAGGGGUGUCUUUCAAUAGUAUUUACACCCAAAUUUGGAGAGUCCUCUUACACUUGGCGGCUGAUCCAUACCCUGAUGUUUCAGACCUGGCUAUGAAAGUGUUGAACAGCAUUGCUUACAAGGCAACUGUAAAUGCCCGCCCCCAGCGCAUCCUUGACACAUCCUCUGUCACGCAUUCUGCCCCAGCCAGUCCUACUAACAAAGGCAUGCACAUACAUCAAGUAGGAGGGUCACCACCAACUGCCAGUACCAGCAGCUCUAGUUUGACCAAUGACGUGACAAAACAGCCUGUCAAUCGGGACAUCUCAUCUGUAAGACCUGCAAAUGUUGGCAACAUGGGAGUGCAGUACACUCCCCACUCCCACCAGUUUCCUAGGACAAGGAAAAUGUUUGACAAAGGCCCAGAUCAGAUAACUGAUGAUGCUGAUGAUGCUGUGGGCCCCAAAAAUUUCAUGACAGCAGCAAUGCAGACAGGGUUUUGUGAUUGGAGUGCUAAGUAUUUUGCCCAGCCGGUAAUGAAGAUUCCCGAAGAGCAUGAUUUGGAGAGCCAGAUCCGGAAAGAGAGGGAGUGGAGAUUUCUGCGCAAUGCUAGAGUCCGAAAGCAAGCGCAGAAAAUUAUCCAAAAAGGUAUUUCAAGACUAGAUGAUCAAAUCUUUCUGAACAGGAACCCCGGAAUGCCUUCCGUAGUCAAGUUUCAUCCAUUCACCCCAUGCAUAGCAGUGGCUGACAAAGAUAGCAUCUGUUUUUGGGAUUGGGAAAAAGGGGAAAAGUUGGACUAUUUUCACAAUGGAAACCCACGUUACACUAGGAUCACUGCCAUGGAAUAUCUGAAUGGACAAGACUGUUCUCUACUCCUGACUGCUACAGAUGAUGGUGCUAUAAGGGUGUGGAAGAACUUUGCUGACCUGGAGAAGAAUCCAGAGAUGGUAACAGCCUGGCAGGGUUUGUCAGAUAUGCUACCAACAACACGUGGAGCAGGAAUGGUGGUGGAUUGGGAACAAGAAACCGGACUUCUCAUGACUUCCGGAGAUGUGCGCAUUAUCCGAAUCUGGGAUACAGAUCGAGAAAUGAAAGUGCAGGAUAUUCCCACGGGGGCUGACAGCUGUGUCACCAGUCUGUCCUGUGAUUCUCAUCGUUCGCUCAUUGUAGCAGGGCUUGGAGAUGGCUCCAUUCGGGUUUAUGAUCGACGGAUGGCUCUGAGUGAAUGCCGUGUGAUGACCUAUCGAGAGCAUACAGCUUGGGUGGUGAAGGCAUAUUUGCAGAAACAUCCUGAAGGCAACAUCAUGAGUGUCAGUGUAAAUGGAGAUGUCCGUUUCUUUGAUCCAAGAAUGCCAGAAUCAGUAAAGGUCCUCCAGAUAGUCAAAGGAUUAACAGCUUUGGACAUUCACCCCCAAGCCAACUUAUUUGCAUGCGGUUCUAUGAAUCAGUUCACUGCUAUCUACAAUGGGCAUGGUGAGCUGAUCAACAAUAUCAAGUAUUACGAUGGAUUUAUGGGCCAGAGAGUAGGUGCGAUCAGCUGCCUAGCUUUUCACCCACACUGGCCUCAUCUGGCAGUUGGGAGCAAUGACUACUACAUCUCUGUCUACUCGGUAGAGAAACGAAUCAGAUAA